AUGAGGCAGCCACCACCAAAACUGUUUCGACCGCGUAUUAUCAUUAUGCGGCAUUCAGAACGAGUAGAUGCUGUAUUACAAGAACCUGAUUGGCCAGCAGCAGCGUUUAUUAAUGGUGUUUAUUCUCCUCACAGAACUCAAUUACCAACAGUAUUACCUUUUCGUGCCGAUCCUUAUGAACAUGUACUUGAUACACCAUUAACAAGAUAUGGCAAAGCUCAUGCUCAUCGUACAGGAGAAUUUUUUCGUUCUAUAGGUUUAAUACCUGAUAUCGUGUAUAGCUCACCAGCAAUGCGUUGUGUUCAAACAGCGGAUGCUGUACUUGAAGGUGCUAAAGUUCGUCGAAGAAAUCCAAUAAGAAUUGAUCUUGCACUUCAUGAACCAAUACGAAGAGAAUUACCAAUACAAUCAGCAGGUUUUUUUUCAGCAGCAGGUUUUAAUGUCGAUUUACAUUAUCGUCCUAUAUUACCGGGAAAUGACCCUGGAAUUCUCCUUGGUGAAUCACGUUUACAGUAUUAUCGUCGAACACAUUUGGUAUUAAAGAGAAUUACUGAUGGAGUUUUUCAGAAAAGAAGAAAAAUGACAGCAAAUCCAACUAUACUUGUUGUUGCACAUCGAGCUAGUGUACCAUUACUUGCGUCUAUGCUCAAUCUUGAUUAUGUAGACGAUCAACUAACUUAUCUUAAUGAGAUUGAAAAUAACAAACGUAGAGAAGUUAAUUUUCUAUCGAUGAUCAUUGCUGAAUAUGAUCCACCAAGUCAUUCAUGGGGAUUUUUACACGAUUUCAACCAUAUGCGUAGAUUUCGACAACAUAAACGUCUUUUCUAG